AUGGGUGAAGCUUCUGAUGCUGUUCAGAAGAUGUUCAUUUCUUAUAACAACAUCCAUAAAUCUUGUCAAAAGAUUGCCAUUCAAAUUAUGGCCAAAGGCGAGAGACCGGAUGUGAUCAUUGCAAUCACAGGCGGUGGUAUGAUCCCAGCUAGAAUAAUAAGAUCGUUUUUGAAAAGCCGUGGCCAGAAAAACAUUCCUAUCCAAGCGAUUGGGCUGUCACUGUACGAGGACUUGGGACUGGACGACCAUGUAGACACUAUCGGUAAAGAGGUGAUCAGAACACAAUGGUUGGACUUUGGAUCUUUGGAGCAGCACUUCGAUUCGCUUAUUGGUAAAAGAGUUUUGAUCGUCGACGAGGUAGACGACACCAGAACCACCUUGCACUAUGCAGUAACCGAACUCGAGAAAGAAGUCAAAGAGCAGCAAAUUAAGCUGAACAGAACCAACGAAGAGACCGUUUUCUCGAUUUUCGUGUUACACAACAAAGACAAGCCCAAGAAAGCCGCUUUGCCAGCGGAAAUGAUGAACAACGAUCGCUACCUUGCAGCCGAAACUGUUCCUGACGUAUGGCUGUGCUAUCCAUGGGAAGCAUUGGACAUCGAAGAACACACCGAGCUUGCUAUCAAGCAAGGCAACAACUGA